AUGUUUGCAAAAUCUGCUGAAGAAGUAAUCAAUAGCCUAGAAACAAUUAUUAAUUCAUGACCUGAUAAUCCUUUUAUCAUUCAGAGUGAUAAUGGAGGUGAAUUUUGCAAUAGUCUUAUUGAUGGAUUUUGUGAAAGAUACUCCAUUAGGCACAUCACUAGUUCUCCUUACAAUCCCCGUGCCCAAGGCACUGUAGAAAAUUUUAACAAGUAUCUCCAUCAUUUAUACUUUAGCUGAGCUGAUAGCACGCUUAAAGAUAAAUGAAGCAUACAUGGUUCCAUCUUCUCUAUUAUUCAGAAUUACAAUCGCUGCAGGAAGCAUACAAUAACUGGCUUUAUACCCGUGUCUUCACAGAUCGUUCAGCAUUUAGAAUACUAAUUUGCUAGUGUGAAGGAACCUUUAUACCAACUGAUGUAUUUUUCGCAAAAGACGAAAGUAUUUAUGCAUCUGUCACUGAAAACGUUGAAAAUAAAAGAAAGAAUACUUUUGAGCCAUUAAAUAAAGCUUUUCACCAAGGCGAUAAAGUAAUUGUUCAUGAUCAACUAGUGAAAAAAAGAUUUUGACUCAAAUUGCCCAGACCAAGAUUUAAAUUGAACAUGCGUUGAUGCAUUCCAGCAACAAUUACCAAUGUAAAAUGCGGUUAUUUAGAAAUUCUUUUAGACUGUGCUGUUGAAAAUGUUGGCGAUGUUAAUAGUUUAUGGCUAAUUUCCUUAAGAGAUGUGAAGCCUGUAACAUUUGAUAAGUGGAAAAUAUGCAUGAAUAAGCAGAAAAAAUAA